AUGCCAACUACGAUUAAAAAUGUGGAGUUUCGACAUCUAUCAACAGUUGUUUCUGCUGAUAAGAACAAUGAGAAGAAUGUAAUUGAUGAAUUACAAAAUCUUUCUCCAAAUGAAAUCACUUUGAAACAAGCAGAAAAAUGUAUUCAAGAAAUUUAUCAUCGACGAACAACAUUCAAUGAUAGUGAUAUGCGAAAGUCUAUUUGUGGAUCACUUAAACAUCUUGGUUCUGAUCUUUAUACUUCACCUGUACAUUUUUUACAUGAACUUAUUCAGAAUGCUGAAGAUAAUUUUUACGAUACUUCAAUUAUACCAUGUUUACGUAUUGAACUUAAUCAUAGCUAUAUACUUUUAUCAAAUAAUGAACAAGGUCUUCGAGCAAGAGACGUAUUAGCUAUUUGUAGUUUAGCUGUGAGUACCAAAACAAUUGAACAGGAACAUAUAGGAGAAAAAGGUGUUGGUUUUAAAUCAGUUUUUGGUGCUUCAAAUGAACCGAUGCUUAUUUCACAUGCUUGGAAAUUUCGUUUUCAUGUACCAGGUCUUGAUGCUGUGUCAUAUAUAACUCCAUUAUGGAUAACAGAUAAGGACCUUCCUGAAUGUAUUUCUAAACAAAUUUCAACAUAUCCUCAAUAUACUCAUCUAUAUCUGCCGUUAAAAUUUCAAGCACAUACACCUGAAGCUAAUUCAUUUCUUGAUCAAGUUAUCAAAGCUGUAGAUCCAUGCAUUUUACUUAAUAUGCGUCAAUUGAAAAAACUCGAAAUUGUUGACGAAAGACAAAAGAAAGUAACAAUUAUUGAAAAACAAAUUAUAGGUCCAACUAAAUUAGAAGAACAAUCGAGUGUUACUUUUGAAGAUUUUACAUUUCUUAAUCUUUCUGGAUCUGUCAUUCUAUUGCAUACAUCAACAGGAUAUAGCACUUUUCGAGUAUACACGUGUUAUAUUAAUGUAGCAAACUACAUUGAACAAGGACGACCUCCUAAAACACGACUAACUAUAGGAUUUCCUUGUGAAAAAGAUUAUGAAUUGGCAAGUACAGUUUAUAAAGGUUUACCUGUUUGUGAUCUUGGUUUUAACUUUUUAUUCAAUGCUGAUUUUCAAUUAGUUACAAAUCGAGAGAAUGUUCGAGAAAACGUUCCGUUCAAUACAUUCAUUCGUACUCAUUUAUCAGCACUUUUUGUCUAUCUUUUAUUAAAUGAUAUAGACCUAAGAAAAGAUUUUAAUCGUUAUUGUCCAUUAUUCAAUAUAUAUCAAGGAAAACAUUCAUCAUGGUGGCUUCUUAUGAUUGAUUAUAUCAAGAAAUUCAUAAACAAAUAUCUUCCACUAUUAUUGGAUAUUCCAACAGACAAAAAUAUUCGUUACCUCAAUCGAGAUCUAGCAUUACUUGUAUCAAAUGAACAAUUAUGCCAAUGCGCUAAUAUUUACGUCAUUAAUCCAGAAAAUUCUUUCACAACAUUGGAACGUUUAAAAUCUUUUCAAAUUCAACCAGUUUCAAUUAUAGAUGUCUUGGAAUGUUUUCCACAACGAGAAGAAAUAUUAAUAAAUGCAUUUCGACAACAAUUCAGACUUUGGACACAACAACAAGAUGAACAAUGGUGGUCUCAAUUUUUUCAUCAUUUAUCUCAAAUGAUGACAUCAGAAAUUUCUCUUAAACUUUUACAAAUACCAAUUUUCCUUCUUCAAAAUGAUGGUCCAAGACAAUAUUUACCAAUCAACAAUAAUACUCAAUUACUUCUUUUCAUUAGUAAUGAUCCAAAAUUUCGGAUGUGGAAAAAACAACUUACGCUUUUACAAUACUCUUCAGAAUCAGAAAGAAUUGCUCUUAUCAAAACGAAUCAAAUACAAGUUCUAACAGAAGAACGAAUGAUUGAGAUUAUUCGUCAGCAUCAUUUACAAUUAGCUGUGUCAUCUCAACUUACAGAUCCUGAUGUUAACUUAAUCGAAGAAAUAUGGAAAGAUUUAAAUUAUUUAAAAUCUCAUUUAGAUAAAAUAAAUAAAACUACUCCGUUUUUAGUACCAGUCAUUGGGACACCAAAGCUUACUCCAAUUCAAAAUGCAAUGUUACCAACAAUAUUCGGAAUAGAUAUGCGAAAAUUUAUACAUCCAACAACAGCACUGAUCAUUGAUGUUCCUUAUAAUAAUGCCCAUCAAUAUCGAUUAUUAGAAAUUCUUCAAUGGGAGCAUUGUCUACUUGAAAUGAAUUGUCAAAAAGCAUCGAUUCUUCUUCCUUUAAACUACUCUACCAAAGAAUUACCACUUCUGCCAGUAUCAACAUUGUUUAACGAUGAAAAAUGUGCUCAAUUAGGAGAGUUGAUUCUUUCAUAUCAAAGAGACGACACCAAACAUUGUCUUCAUCAGUUUCCCAUUGUUGAUAAUUCAAAAGGCGAACAACAAAUAAGUCCAGUUUCAGCCACAUUUGAUGAAACGAUUGUACUUAAUUUACCAACAUUACCACGUAUCACUAUUCCGCUUUAUUGCCGUGCAUUCGCAAAAAGUCUUGGUAUCUGUGUUGAAUAUGAUGUUCGUACGUGCACUAACAUUCUACAAUUACUCAGUGAUGAAAAAAAUACAAAUACUGAUUUGUACGUUAAAUGGUUAGGCCAUUUACAAUUAUAUGUUCUGCAACAACACAUUGAUUUGAACACAACAAACUUGCGUUCAUCCUGCCGACUAUAUUUUCCUGAACAAAAUAACUUUUAUUCAUUAGAUGAAGUUUUAAUUAUAUCGAACAGUGAAGAAUAUUCUGAUGCUAUUUCAAUCAUUUCUAAAUAUCUCGAAUUACAAUUAAUUUCACCAUUAAUCAAUCAAACGUAUUGGCAGUUCAAAGAUCUUUUUCAUCUGUUGGAUUGUAAAUCUACAUCUACAAUCACUAUUGAUCACAUUUGUACUGCAAUUGAUUUAGCAAGUCAUGAUAAAAAUAACUUCUUUGCUUUGGGUGAUUCUACUACAACUCUAACAGAGAAUGGUAUGGAAACAAUCAUAAGUCUAUAUCAAUAUCUGGAGGAGUUUGUUUUAAAAUAUGUCAAAAAGAAUGCAACAAAUACCGACUUAUAUAAAACAGUUGUGGUGAAUAAACAUCCAACAGCAUUCUGUGGUAGUCGAGAAGAUUUAGAAUGGCGUUUUAGUUUUACCAGUAAUUCUUUAUCACAAGAACUGCAAAAAUUGACUGGUAUACAAUCACAACGAAAAAAAAUUCGUCUUGUUACAUUUAAUCGACAAAUUAUUUCAAAAGAAAUAGAUACGACUAUUUAUGCCUGUUUAGAAAUUAAAAUUAUUCAAAACUUAUCACGAGAUACCGUUCAAUGUUACUUUAUGUUACCAUCGAUUACUCGCACAUGUCCAUUAAUUUUGGCAACAUUUGGCAUUGAUUACAUUGAGCGUAAAGGCAAAAUUGAAUGGAACCACACACAUAAUAAUCCCGAGACUUCUUUGAAACAAUUGACAGAAAUAUUUCGUGCUACUCUCGAUGACAAAGAUUUAGAAGUAGUCUCAGCAAGAUACGCAACUGUAGGUCUUUUUCUUCCCGAUUCUUUCGUAGUUGACUCAACCAUUGAAAACAGAAUAAAUGAAAGUAAACGAUAUUGGUUCGAUAGCGAUUAUCUUUUCUGGAUAUUUAAUAAUACAACUCUUCUUUGUGCUGAAAAAAAAGAAAAUGAUGCCUCAAUAGAAAUUCGUGCAAUAUCUGCUUUAACUACUCUAUUGCUUAAACGAAAACAUAUACCAUUGGAAGAAGCGAAAUCAAUAGCUCAAAAAAAUAUAAGUAAAUGCAGAGCAUUUCGUUCCGAAAAUAUGGCAUCUGUUAGUUGCACAGGAUCUACCAUUUACUCGUUUACUGACAUUUUGUUUCCUACUGAUCAUAAUUCUAUCGAGUCAAUAAUUAUAUCAAUAGGAAAAAAUAAUACCAUUGAAAAGGAUAUCGAAAAGACUACCAGAAGUAUCAUUGCUGCUGAUCGUAUUGCUGAAGAUCAAAUUUAUCGGCAUAGAGUAAAAACACAAAAUCAUUUGCAAAGAAAUAGAAAGAUGAUAAACGAUUGGAAAGAUCCAUCGAUUGUUGACGGUAUCGAACAAAUACGUAUUGGUCAAAAUGCAGAGCAUUUCUUUUUCGUCUAUCUACAGAAUCUUUUUGGUUCAGUAGAUGUAACACCGAUCCAAAAUUGGCGUUCAUCAUCACGUCUGAUUACCUAUCCAAAGUAUCGACACAAUAUUGAUGAUUCAGCUGGUUUUGAUUUUGAAUUACAUGAUACGCAGCAAAUAUUCGUUCGCGGCUCAGGGUCGACAACAAAGUCUUGCUAUUUUGAAGUCAAAGGCACUAGUGGAUCGUUUAAUGAAACACAUAAUCACUUUUAUAUUUCUCAGAACGAGCUAAACAUGUGUCAAUCAAUUGCCGAUGAUCCGAAAAGACGAGAGCGUGAAGCAUAUUUUAUUGUCGUUAUAGAAAAUUGUCUUGAUGCUGAAGAAAUCGCUCUUGGUACUGUAUUUAAUUGGUAUGACACAUUGCAUUCAUCUAUAAUACGCUGUAUUAUUAUUUUCAUUUAAUUUCAUUUUUAUAUGUAGGAGUGAGAAUUUCCAUAAAUUAGACAGAAGUCCCGAGAGCUACCGAUGCAGAAUCAUUUCAUCAUCGUUAACAAACUUCAGUAAGACCGAAAAAGAAGAAACUAGAGAUUACAACAAGCAUCAACAACAACAACCAACGAGAACAGAUAACAAUUAUGGAAAUUCUACGACGCAGAAUGUGCCUACAAAAAGAGAUGAUGCUGCGCCUCGUCCUUAUGUUCCACCUCAUCGUCGGAAUCCUCAUUAGAAAUGAUAACAUACUUCCAAAUUAUUUUGUUGACAAUUGAUUUUCAUAAUAGAAAUCAAAUGAAUACAUGCAUCAGUAAAUAUAAACGAAUGGGUAUAUGUACCAUGACCUGAACUAUUUUUAACGAUUGAAUGAUUCAUUUAAUUGAAAAAUCAAAAUUUGAUUCAAAUGUAAUUAUUUGUUUUUUCUGUCAUUUCAUCUAUAGAACUGAAAAAGCAUCUAUUUAAAAAAAUAAAGAUCUGCAGAUGAAACUGGCAUACAUUAAUCAUUGUCCUCUAUUUGAAAUGAUUAGAUUAUUCAAAGUAAUUAUAUUAGAAUACGAAACCAUUUCGAUUAUAUCAUAGGUUAUUUUUAAUUAGGAAAAAUAAAUAAUAGAUUAAUUUAUAACCAACAAGGGAACAUAUCUCACGCUCAGACAUAGUUUAACUCAGUAUGUUAGCACUGAGUAAGAGGAGUUUUUAAAAUCAAGAAGUUCACAUAUGGGGUUCAAACCUGUACAUUAUCGAAUCAAAAUUAUGACUGAUUCUAUGAGAUUGCCGUCUCUCACGCCCACUACUCGCAGAAAAAUAUAAGACUAUUUUACCUACAAUUUUUCACAAAGACAGAUUUCACAGCUACUAAAAUAUCUCGAAAAAUUCAUCUCAGCAGAUUAUAUAUAUCUAUUAAGCAUCGAAUGUCUAACACAACUCGACUCCAUGACUUGUCUUGUUAGACAAACAUUUUUUUGAAUAAUUGAUGUAUCAAGAAAAAUGCAAUCGUUCGAUUUAAAAUUUUUAGGAUAUUCUGUUUACUAUGACACAUGUCUAAAAAUAAGGUUCUGUCAAUUAGCUUACUUUCACUGAGUUGUACUCAUAGCUGGUAACAUAGAUAUCUUCAAUGUCAUCGAAUGAUAAUAGAUGAAAUAUCUUCCUUCGAAAUGCGCCAGUGUUCAAAGAAAAGUCACAGCAUCAAUACUAUAAGAAACAUAUAUGCCACUUGAAGACCAAAAAUGAGCUGUCUAUAUUUCAAUGUGAUCUUAUCGAAAAGACACUUCUGCUAUUUCGAAGAAUAAAGGACAAAGUUCUAUUGAGUACAAAAACAUAUUAUUAUUACUUACGCUUCAGUUUAGAUGAAGGAUACAUUUGUAUAAAUAAUGAUGAGUUUGAAGCCAAAUUUCCCAACAUUUAUCAAAAUUAUUCCUAUACUCGUUUAUAGCUGUCAACAAUGUAUUUUCGUUUGCUUUUCAAUAUUGGAUAACUGCCGUUUCUAUUUAAGAUUAACGUUAACAACGUAUUCACAACCAUCCACUCGAUGAAGAUUAAACACUUUUUUGACAUUUUCAUCAACGUCAUCUGCAUUGUAAGAUAGUAUCUAAAUAAAUAGUUUGCUCAUCUCUUCAUUUUAUAUUAGAUGCUAUUGUUCGGUGUAAUAAUUGAUCAUUUGAGAUUUUUUGCCUUUGUUGUUUACAUUUGCAAAGAAGUUUCAAAAUAUAUUUUCCCUUGAAGACAUGAAUUAUGGUACAAUGAUAUUCAGACUUCUUUCUAUUGAUGAAGUUUCCCGGUCGAUUUCUUGUUGUUGUUCAAUUAAUAUGAAUUUUAUUUAACAAAGAACCUUGAAAAAACAUAUUCAUCAACAACAAAAUUUUAUUAAAUUGUUAUUUUCUUCAAGCUAUUCAGUUCUUAUGAUUGACUCGUGUAGAAGAGACUUUUUUAAGGGUCUAAGUGUACUCGAAUAGAACAACCACACCCACAUCCUCUACCAUUUUCGUAAUCUUUCUUUACAUAUUGUCAAUUACAUAUCUUCGCUGCUGUUAAAACAUAAAAUUUUAAAUCGAAGAAUAUCAAUAAUUAAUUUAUUUAUUAAAUGAAAAAAUCUGACAACAAAUAUAGAUGAUCUUAAUAGAAUUGAUUAUUUCGAUGAUAAUGAUUCUUGAGGGUGUGGGUGUGGGUGUGGGUGUGGGUGUGGGUGUGGGUGGGUGUGGGUGUGGGUGUGGGUGUGGGUGUGGGUGGUGUGGGUGUGGGUGUGGGUG